UAUCUGCAUCGUCGCUCGUGUGUUGCACUUGGAGGAACAGGCUGUGAGGGCAAUAACGCCAAGUGCUGUCGAAAAGGAAACCCGUACACUGGGACUAUGCGAAGUUGUGUCAAUACAGGCAGUUUUUCAGGGCCGUAAGUAAAAGACUCAAACAUUUUGCUAACAAUGAUUUACCCACUUGCAUCGUGAUCAAUGAUGAAACUCCUUAUUUCCUCGACUAAUGACGGUUGACGUUUUGUAUCCGAGACAUGAAUGUAUCGCUUAUGUUCGUGUGAAAUAUCCUGAAUAUCUGGCAGGGGAAAGUUUUCACUCUUUACGCAACCAACCUUGAAAUAAAACGGUAGUGAAUAGUACGUCCCAAUAAUCAGCGCGCGUGAAAAGCAUUAUUCAUUUGUGUGGUAUAUACCAAUAAUAAUUAUGAUAGUUAUAAUGGUAGUAAUAAUUACUAUAAUAUAGAACUAACUAGACACAGUCCUCCCGUCAGAUUCUCCUGCGUGGUUUUGUUCAUUCGCUACACCUCUAAUUUCUUUUGAAUUUUUUUUAUAUCCCAGGGUGUAUACAUGUAUGGAGGCAUGAGGACACAGUCGGCGUCAGAUUCCAGAGAUUUUUCUCUUAACAAGUGUUGAUUUGAGUCUUGUCAAAUGCACAUAGGGUGGCUUCUAUAAACUAACCAAAAAUAGCCAUACACUCGAUAACUUUGCACGCACGUACACGCACCCACCCAUGCGCGUUUCUUAGAUCACAGCUAACUUACGAGUGCAAAUUUAAUAAUAACCUUCUGUUUGUUUCACUCUCUCUGUUUCACUCAUCUUUUUUUAUUUUGACUUAAAAAAUCACAACAACGUGAGGUUGUUCCUUGAAUUUUUAUAAAUGGAAGACAUGGUGUGCCACACUCCCACUCCGCGCGCUGGACUCCGGAGUCGAGGGGCCUAGGAUCGAGUUCUGAUUUAGGUGAACACGGACAGGGACGUGGGACGAAUUAAUUGUACAGCCAAGCAAGGAAAAACAAGAGAACCCCGAUGAGACCCAAGACUUAUAUAACUAUUGUGGUUAAGUUGUUUGGCACAUGGGGUAUCACCAAAACAAAUAACGUGCGGACAAGCAAGUUUGACCAACCCACAAAUCGAAAUAUAGCACAAAAAGUGUUACAGUUGGUUUGCAUUUAUCGCCGUUUAGAGCUUCAAACAUGACGGAAUAAUUCGGUUCGGUUUAAAUGUCGACGUCGGCUACGAUAAAUUCCCACCAGAUGGAAAAUAAACAACAAAUUUGAAGUGCACUCCUAUUUAGUUCCGCUUUAGUUCAUAAGUGUAUUAUUUAGUCAAGAAACGAGGCAAAACGCUAUUCCUAUAUUAAGGUUGUCAUUUAAAGUUUGUGUUUGAUACGCAUCAGUGACUCUCCCACAUUUGCAGAAUGUUUCGCCGGAAAGUGAUCGAAGGUUUUUUCUUUUCAUUUCGUACCGCAAUGAAAGCAUUUCGUUUUAUUUUAUACAUAAGAAGCGAAAGGAGUGCUUUAGUUUGACUUAGACAUGAGUUUGUACUAGUUGAAUCACAGUUCUGGAGAAACGUGUAAAACAAGGCACGCAACGCAUCACGCCGUACCAAAAAUGUAUCGGCAUUAAAAAAGCAGUCUGCGUAAAACGCAGACUGCAGACCGUGGAUAAAGUGCAGACUGAGGGUAAAAUGUAAACUGAAGACUGGAGACCAGGGGCAAAAUGCAGACUCGGUUCUAAAACAACCCUCUUCCCCAGAAAAACUUCAAGAGUGAGCUAAGAUCGGGGCCGCACAAGUCGUGAGAUGCUGGCAAUAGUCAUGGCGAUUGAUGUUUUAAACUUCACUUCCUCAAAUGGUUUUGGCGUUGAAAUAAUGAUUUAAGGUAAGAACGAUUAGAAACUUUCGUAUUAGUCCGUAAUAAUCCGUACUAACCCGAGGUAAAUCUGUGGCUAUCAUGGUCAACUUAACCUAUGUCGGGCUUCUUGUUAGCCGAGAUUUAGUUUUGCUGUGACGUGUUGUUAUUCUCUGGAAAAUUGUUGGAGUCUUCCUUAAAUUAAAACAAAUUAAGAGCGAGUAGAAGUCUCGAGUUCCUUUUAAUUUGAAUCAUUUAGAGAAACCAGAAAUGUCCACAAACUUCAACUAAAGAACCGAAUCUGAAUUUCACCCCCUGCUCUGCAGUCUACAUUGUACCCUCAGUCUGUAUUUCACCCCCUGGUCUGCAGUCUGCAUUGUACCCUCAGUCUGCAUUUUACCCCCGGUUUACAAUCUGUGUUUCACACACUGACCGCUUUUGCAUAGACCAAAUGCCGGGCAGUCACAAAUUUUCACAGAAUUAUCACCGAAAGGUUUUUUCAAACUCCUGGAAAAUAAAUGUCGCGUCGUCCUGUGUAAGCGUCGCAACCGCUUUUCAUGAUAAAAUUCUUUGCUUCUUAUUUUUGUCAGUAUUCCUAAAAUCCCUCCAAUUGGUUUUCGCUCUCCUCACAAAGGAAUAGAAAAUAUUUAAAUUUGUCCAUGAUAAGAUAGGGUGUUUUGAAACUAUUUUGAAUCAAAAAUGGUUACGUGACCGAUGAAACCAGUUGAUCGGUGUCUGUGCUCUCAGUGUCUUAAGAUCUCGGUGGUGAUUGACUGCGAGACAAUCAACCGUUCAGGCAUAUCGGCCAACACCGCUGCCUAAGUUGUCAUUUUCUUCAAAUAACUGGUCGUAAUAUUAUAGCUGCAGUUUCGGCAAUUUAAGAAAUGAUCCUCGCAAGUGCGAUGCAGUAUUAAGCAAUUGCAGAAGAGAAGGCUGAUAAAAGUACAAACUUCAACGGGAUUUUAAUUCGUGCCUCCCAGACUCAAUUGGAUGUCACUAACAACUAAGCUACAAACUCGAACGUCGGGAGCAAGCGUAAUUUACUUCAUUAGUAUUAUGAAUUUUGGUUUUAUUUUUCAGUGGUUUGCAAUUUUCAAUGCUGCCCAGACCAUGAGUGGAAAUGCGUGCACCACAGGCAACUCAUCUAUUAACUGCUUUAUGCAAAUUUAAGUCGCGAACUUGAAGUCUUAUGGUAAUGAUGAUAUGAGCAUGUUCAUUUAUAAUCGUUUUAUCUCGGGUGAAUAUGAUCCGUUAUUCAUUUUCAAAAUCUCAUUGUCAUUUUUAAUCCUAGAAGCUAAUUAUCGACUAUGAAGUAGAUUUAAGGAAGUGAACGCAGAGCGGAAUUGCCACGAAAUUUUGGAUGUCGAGGAAAUUUUUUUUUCAUGUAUAACGUUCAGAAAAGUUCUUUUCACAUCAAGAGGAAAUUCGCAGCGAAAAGUAGUGAGUUCACCAUUAUUAUUUAUUGCGUGUAAAAACUAUCAUUGAGGCUAUUUACAAAAGGGUGGUGAAGCGAAAGUAAUUACAGAUACAGCACAUGCAUAUACUUGAUUUUACCAAUUAACCAGCCAACGAAGGGGAUGACUUUAAACAUUCCUUUGCAGAGGUUUACGUGACGUUUAACACGAUGUUCAAGUUGGCUUUGGUUAUCAUUAUGAUCUAGGGCCACCCGAGCCAGACAGGUCGAAGGGUCCUGUGUUCUAAUAGCAGAGGCUCGUAGAUUACCUGCGCCGCGCCAUCAGUAAACUGAACGUCACGGUUACCAAAGGCAAUUCUUAAAUGUUGGCUUUUUGAUAGAGGGAGACUAAUAAUCUACAAAGGCGAUGAGAAACUGGAAUGGGUGGUUAUAGAAAGCCUUCCAACAAAAACAGACUGGGACGAGGAACAAAUUUGCGAGAAAGGGUGUGACGUUACGAUAAGAACAAAACGAACCCCGACCCCAAGACUAUUGUUGUUCAGUUGUUUGGCAUAUAGGGUAUCACCAAAACAUGAAACGCGUGGACAAUCAAGUUUGACUAACCGAUACAGUCUUUUUUUAUUUUACCAGAAAUCGAAAAUAUAGCACAAAAAGAGUCACUGCUGGUUUGCAUUUAUCGCCGUUGAGGGUUUGUAGUAUUAAAGAAUAAUUAGGUACGGUUGAAAUAAAUGCGUAGUUUUAAAUAUUUUGAUUUGAAGUUUUAUUUUUCAGUCGUUUGCAGUUUUCAAUGCCGCCCCUACCAAAAGUGAAAAUGCGUGUAUAACAGGCAACUUGUCUAAAUGCUUUAUGCAAAUUUAAGUCGCGAACUUGAAGCCUUAUAGUAACGCUUCUGUGAGCAUCUUCAUUUAUAAUCGUUUAAUCUCGAGUUGAGCAUUCCUUAGGGAUAGCGUGUGAAAACUCAUCGUCAUUUUUAAUCCAAAAAGUUAAUUAUCCAGAGGUAGAUGACAAGCGUAUUGAGCAUCUUUUAAAUGUAUACUUUAUGCAGUUUUACGAGGUGAACUCAGAGCGAAAUUGCCCCGAAUUUUGGGUGUCUUGGAGAUUUUUUUCAGGUGCAAAAACGGCAUUAAGACGUUAUGAUAUUAAGAACAAAAGGAACCCCGACUCCAUUGUUCUCCCCAACUAUUGUUGUUCAGUUGUUUGGCACAGAGGGUAUCACCAAAAUAAAAAUUACGUGCGGAUAAUCAAGUUUGAAGUUUGACAUUUAUCGCCGUUUAGAGUUGGGAGUAUGACGGAAUAAUUUGGUACGGUUGAAAGGUAAGGUUUUUUGUCACUAUUCCUAACAUCCCUCUAACUGGUUUUAGCUCUCCAUACAAAGGAAUAACAAAUAUUAAAAUUUAACUAAGAUAAGACAGAGGGUGUUUUGAAGCUGUUUUGAAUCAAAAAUGGUUACGUGACCGAUGAAACCAGUCCAUUGGUGUCGGUGCUUUCAGUGUCUUAAGAUCUCGUUUGUGAUUGACUGCUAGACAAUUAACAUUUUAGGCAUAUCUUAGGUGUUAACGGUUUUGUGUUUGACUGUGGAGGGUCGCUUGUUAAUCAGUUAUUAAGGCAACGCAUUGAAAGUUCGAGAAAGUUAGUGAGGUGGAUUGCUUCAGUUUGUUUCAGAGGUAAGUUUUGAAAACUUAUAACUCUUAAAAGCACCGUACUGGAUGUUACAUCUGAAAGUCCUAUCAGAGUUUCAUGAAAAGUGUAAAGUAGGCCUAGAAAGACCAUUGAAAAAACAUUUACUUACUUCAAACAUUUCACUUAUGGAGAAAUCUCGAGGUGCACGGAUCGGCUAACACCGCAGCCUAAGUUCUCAUUUUCUUCAAAUAACUGGUCGUUAUAUUCUAGCUGUCGUUUCGGCAAUUGAAGAAAUGAACCUCGCAGGUGUGAUGCAAUUUUAAUAAAUUGCAGAAAAGAAGGCUGAUAAAAAUUCAAACUUCGAUGGGAUUUGAGCUCUUGCCUCCCAGACUCAAUUGGGUGUCACUAACAGCUGAGCUACAAACUCACACGUCGCGAGCAAGCAAAAUUUACUUCAUCAGUAUAAUGAUUUGUAGUUUUAUUUUUCAGUGGUUUGCAAUUUUCAAUACCACUCAAACCAAAAGUGGAAAUGCGUGCAUCACAGCCAACUUAUCUAAGUCCUUCAUGCAAAUUUAAGUCGCGAACUUGAAGCCUAAUGGUAAAGCUUCUAUGUUCAUUUAUAAUCGUUUAAUCUCAAGUUGAGAAUUCCUUAGGGAUAGAGUGUGAAAACUCAUUGUUAUUUUUUAAUCCAAGAAGUUAAUUAUCCAGAGUUAGAUGACAAGAGUAUCGGGAAUCUACACUUUAUGCAGAUUUACGAGGUGAACUCAGAGCGGAAUUGCCGCGAAUUUUAGGUGUCGUGGAGAUUUUUUUCAGGUAUAAAGUUCAGAAAAGUUCUCUUCACAGCAGGAAAAAAUUCGCAACGAAAGGUGGUGAGAUUCACCAAUGUUAUUUACUGCGUGUAAAAAGUAUCAAUGAAGGUAUUUACAAAAGGAUGGUGAAGUGAAACUAAUUACCUAUACAGCACAUGUAUAUACUUGAUUUUACCAAUUAACCCGCCCAGGAAGGAGAUGACUAUAAAUAUUCCUUUGCAGAGAUUUACGUGACGUUUUACGCGAUGUUGAAGUUGGCUUUGGUUUUCAUGGUGAUUUCCUGUGUUCUGAUGGUAGAGGCUCGUAGAUUACCAGAGCCGCGCCUUCAGGAGACUGAACGUUACCAAAGGCAAUUCUUAAAGGUUGGUUUAUUGAUAGAGGGAGACUAAAAUUCUACCAAGGCGAUGAGAAACUGGAAUGGGUGGUUAUAGAUAGACUUCCAACACAAAAGGAUUAGGACGAGAGACAAAUUUGCGAGAAAGGGUGUGACGUUAGUCGCCAAUAAAGCUUCUGCUUUCCGCCCUUGUAGCACCAAGGGAUUGGUUAUUAUUUAUCACCUGACCAAGGGGGGUAGAAUUCUAAUGAUCUCCCCUCAUUAGAAGUCAAUUUCCUUUAUUCUCUCCCUUAAACACUGUAAAAACAUAGCCCUUUAGUUAGAAGAAAAGCCGACUUCAUUAAUAAAUGAAAAUAAAAGAAUCGACAAUCGUAAAGUGCCUUGGCGCUAACGCUCAAGAUGGAAAAAUGCGUUGAAUCACGAUUACAAAGACAACAAUGGGCGUAAUUGUCAAUUGAAAAAAUUCAUAUUUACUGACUUUAUCCUUACCGACAGAAGAAGUCUUUCAGGUAAGCGGCCAAAAUCGGCCUGUUGCAAAUCGUCCAGUUGUCGAUUUUCGUUCUCAGUCGCGAGAGAAACGAUUAUCAAAAAGCCAUUGAAUACGAAACUUUUGGUUUUCUUUUCGUAUAUUGGUUUUCUUCCCCUUCUUGGAAAAAUUGAACGUCACUGUCUGUGAGCAAAACGGAUUUUUUAACAAGAAAAGGGAGAAAUUAAGUGUGCAAUACGUAGCUAAUUUUGAACGGUCAAGUUAAUCCAAAUUAUGAAUAACGUGGUGACGUCUGGCAAAAGUAUCGAUUACGUCCAAUAACUUAUGGCAUUGGUUGUCUAAAUUACACUGUUUGGUUCCUCUCUCUAUCAAAAAUGACGCAUUUGUUUUAUUGAUUCGCAUGCAUCGUUAAAAACGUUGUUUUGUAGUCACCCUUAGACAAAUAUGUUGAGAAAAAACAAUUUUGAAGAACUCAUGCUCUUAAAUGUCAUCUCUGCUCUUUAAAGAACCUAUUAAGUCUUAAGCAUGAUAUAUUGACCACAUCUAACUAGCCAAAAGGGUUUUUUCGGAAAGAAAUAUUUAGUUGUUUCAAUUCAAUGUUACAGAACUAUCUGCAUCGUCGCGCGUGUGUUCCACUUGGAAGAAAGGGCUGUGAGGGCAAUAACGGCAAGUGCUGUCGAAAAGGAAACCCGUACACUGGAACCAUGCGAAAAUGUAAAAAUACAGGCAGUUUUUCAUCGCCGUAAGUAAAAGACUCAAACAUUUUGUUAACAAUGAUUUAUCCACUUGCAUCAUGAUCAAUGAUGAAACUCCUUAUUUCCUCGACCAAUGACGGUUGACGUUUUGUAUCCGAGACAUGAAUGUAUCGCUUGUGUUCGUGUGAAAUAUCCUGAAUAUCUGGCAGGGGAAAGUUUUCACUCUUUACGCAACCAACCUUGAAAUAAAACGGUGGUGAAUAGUAGGUCCCAAUAAUCAGCGCGCGUGAAAAGCAUUA